CACCCUAACCCGUGUUGUUCCUGGGCGGGGUCGGUCCUUGUGAACCCGUGGGUGCUGCUGCUGCGCGUAUCUCGGAGCGAGCUGGCAACGGGGGGUUUAGUCGGCAGCCGCUGUCACUGCACGGGGCAGAACGGGCGCGAGUUGAGCAAAGGAGGCGACAGAGACACAGGCGGAGGAGGAGGUGGUGGUGCGGAGAGUACAAGAGAGUUUGUUGUUAUUCUAUUUAAUCCAUCGCGCAUAUUCGUAUAGCGUAUGCCAGCUGAGAAUUCUGGCGCAUUUAACAGUUUAACAACGUAAAAACAGUGGAUGCUACUAAACUACAAAAAAAUAGUAAAAUAUAUAACGAGCAAAAAUAAAAUCAAACGCAGAAACAUUAACAGUAAAACAAAAUACAGAAAAAAAUAUCGAGAGAAGAAGACGCCGUGCCAAGUCCUGGGAACGAUCGAGAAGACGAGUGUUGUGUGGCUUGUGGCUCGCUGAAGACCCACCCAAGCCAUGACCUGCUUCUAGAAAAUGAUUUAUCGUUCCACGAGGAUCCCGUGGACGUACCAGACAAUUACCGACCGCCGCCUCAGGGCUCCUCCCCCGUGUACGACCCCCCGCUCGAGUAUAUAGACGCGUCAAGUAAGGAGCAGCUUUCAGAAGAUUUUGUCAGGAGUUGGAAGUGCGCCUGCACAGCCAAGAAGGCCAUGGCUACCUCUGACGUUUCGGUGACUUCUGGCAGCGUUGAGGAGUUUGAUGCGGACGAAGUUGUGGAGGUCCUUCUAGAUAAGGAAUCCAGCAAGGCAGCUGCAGCUGGAGCGACUGGCCUCGAAAUCAGUGGCGGAAAGGCUGAUGGCAUCUACAUCAAAAGAAUCAAGAAGAACACAUCGGCCGCCAAGAGCCAUAAGAUUCACGAAGGUGACCAGAUUCUAAGUGCCACUGUGUACUUCGAUAAUAUGAAGUAUGAAGAUGCCCUCAAGAUUCUACAAUACUCGGAGCCUUACCAGGUUGGGUUCCGUCUCAAGAGGAAACAUGGAACCGCAGCCUCCGAUUUGGAAGCUUCAAGUUCUUUUGGAUCAGCUGAUGUGGAUGUAAAGGGCUUGAGAAGGACUGGUCAAGGAGACAUACAUUCAAAGAAACACAAAAAGAGGGCGAAGGCAAACGAAAAUGUGUCGGGAGAAGACUCCGAGAUGAAGUCACCCGAAAUUCCGGACGUGGAGCUGUCGAUGCUGAAACUUCCGAAAAUUAAAAAGCCACAAAAGUCGAGCAGCCUCAGAUUCUCAAAGAGCAGCUCCGAAUACGACGAGGAACUUCAACCCCAAAAUGAGGCCGGAGGUGAGGCCCAUUUUGUUGAAGGUGACUCUCCGAGAGGAAAAGGGAGAAAAAUAAAGUUAAAAAUGCCACGGAUACAUUUUGGGGGAUCAAAAACUAAAACUCACAAAGCCAGUUAUGACGUAACAUCACCAAAGCAUGCAGGAGCAGACCCCACUGGGGGAGAAUUGCAGGGAGAAUUUAAACAAAUUUCUGAUGUCCCUGGUUUGAUGGUAAAGGGAGCAGAUGCCAAAGUAGAAAUGCCUUCUGUGCACGUACCUUGCACUGAAAUUGAUCUUGAUACUACUCUACCAAAAAAGGACAGUGGGGUAGAAUUCCCAGGUGGAAAAGCAAAAGGCUUUCAAUUAAAAAUGCCAAAAUAUCAAAUCACUAUGCCUAAUGUUUCUGGGACAGAUAUUGGUGUGAAAGAUAUGAAAGAUCCGACAUUCCAAGGUGAUAUAAAUGUUGGUAUUGCCACUGAUAAAUCUGAUGUGGGAUUUGAAGAUCAAGGAGGCAAACCUGUAAUGCCAGUAAUAAAAUUCCCAAAAUUCAGCAUCCAAACAACUGAUCUAAAUAUUGAUGACAGCACAUCAAAAACUGAGAUUUGUGCACCUAAACUAGACAUUUCUACAGAUGUUGAUGUUAAUGUUAAAGAUGGAUUUGGAACACAUUUCAACAUGCCAGAAGCUAGCACUUCCAAAGUAAAUGUAGUUGGGCCUUCAAUCACAACUAUAGAAGGGGGUGUAUCACUACCAAAACCAAUUCAAGAUGGGGAAUAUUCAAUAACUUCAGGUGCUGCAAUAAAAAUGACAGAUGUUGACACUUUAGGACCUGAGCUCAAAGACACAGGUAUGGUUUCACCAAUAUACACUGUUGAAAAAUCCACUUCUAAACUUAGAACAGAAACAAAAUAUGUUGAAGAAGUAGACAUCAAAGGAUUUAAAAUACAUAGUAGAGAAACUAAACUCAAAAUGCCACAUUUCCAUAUAUCUGGGCCUAAGAUUGAUGCACCAGAUACCAAUAUUGAUCUUAAUGCACCAGAGUACAAAGCGGAUGACAUUUAUCUGCAGAGUGGCAUAACGGGGCCAAGAGUUGAAUUUGGUGCAGAUACCUCGGGCAUCGAUAUUAAAGGUCCAGAUGGAAAGUUUAAAAUACCUAAAUUUGGAAUUAGUGGUCCAUGCCUAAAAGAUUCUGAAAUAAAUGUAGACUCGAGUUUUCCAACUGCUAAAGUUAGCAUAAAAGAGAAAUUCCCCCAAACAGAUGUGGACAUGACUGUACCAAAAGUACCAAUAGAAAUAGGGAGUGACAUCAAAAGCCCAAAAGUUGGAAUUGAUGCUGCAGGUCCAGAUGUAAAUAUAGAAGGUCCAGAAGGAAGGUUUAAAAUGCCACAAUUCAAAAUGCCAAAGAUCGGUCUUUCAGGUCCUGGUAUUAAAGGUUCUGACAUUGAUGUUGAUGUUAAUCUGCCCAACAUUAAUCUUCCCAAGGCAAAUGUUAAUAUUUCCGCACCCGAUGUUGAACUUGACAUAAAUGCACCUAAAGGGAAUAUUGAUGUUCACAAUCCAUACAUGAACUUAGAAGAUUCAGAAACAGAUGGGAGAGGAAGUAAAUUUAAAAUGCCCAAAUUUAAUGUUUCAGCUCCAAAGAUUAAUGCACCAGAUGUCAGCUUUGAUUUUAAAGCACCACAUUUUAAAGCUAAAACAGAUGCCUCUACACCAAAACUUGAAGCCGAUUAUAAAGACUCGCACGUGGACUUCAGAACAUCAAAAGGAUCAGAUGCAAAUAUUGAAGCUCCUGAAGGCAAGUUUCAUAUGCCAAAUAUAAAAAUGCCCAAAAUAGAUAUAUCUGCACCUAAAUUAAAAAGUACCGACACAAAUAUUGAUGUAAAAGUGCCACUGACUGAUGUUGACAUUUCUCCAAUUCCUCAUCUUAAAGAAAAAGUGCCCAAAGCUGACAUUAAUGUGGAAUCACCUCAUGUUUCUCAAAAAGGGUCUGAAAUUGAUGGCAAAGGGUUCAAAUUGAAAAUGCCAGAUGUUCACUUAUCUGGGCCCAAGAUACAAGCACCUUAUGUUAGCCUUGACUUUAAAGAACCUGAAACUGAUAUUUCUGUUCCUACUCUGGAAGGGGACAAGAAAGGACCUUAUGUGGAAUUUGGUACUGAUAUACCCAAUGUUGACGUAGAAGGGCCUGAAGGUAAGUUUAAAAUGCCAAAAUUUAAAAUGCCAAAAUUUGGCAUGUCUGGUCAGAAGUUCAAAGGUAGUGAUAUAGAUGAAGAUGCAAUGUUAUCAAAGCCUGAAAUUGAAAUAAAUGAGCCUGAUCUUGAGAUUUCUGCUAAUCCUCCUGAUGUGGAUGUAGGUGGCUUGGAUGUUGAACUUGAUAUGGAACAUAAGGGUUUAAAAUUUAAAAAGCCCAAGUUUAAUAUUUCAGCACCAAAGGUAAAUACACCACAUGUAGGAAUAGACUUCAAGCCUCCACAUUUUAAAACCAAAGAUGAUUUUUCACCGAAUGUAGAGGGUAACAUUAAAGGCCCUAAUGUAGAUAUAAAUGCUGAAACCCCAAUCAGAGAUAUAGAAGGGGCAGACAAGAAAUUUAAAAUGCCAAAUUUUAAAAUGCCUAAAGUUGGAAUGUCUGGUCGAAAUAUAAAAGAUUCUGAAAUGGAUUUGGACAGUAUGCUUCCAAAUGUUGAUGUUGAUAGGUCAGUACCUGAAAUGGAAUUCGAUGCAAAUGCGCAAAAUCUUAAAGUUGCGAUUGCUGAUCCAAACAUAGAAAGAGAAGGAAGGAAAUUCAAAAUAGGUAUGCCAGAUUUGCACUUCUCUGGGCCUAAGUUGCAUAAACCAGACAUAACACUUGACAUACAGGCUCCAAAACUUAAAACCAGAGAUAGCUAUCUAACUAAACCUGAGGGUGACAUCAAAGGUCCAAAUGAUGCUGUAGACAUUGGAGUACCCACUUCUGAAUUUGAUGCCAAGGUUAAGGUUCCAGAAGUAGAUUUGAAUCUGACAGGGCCCGAUGUAGAUCUGGAAGGGCCUGAUAUCAAAGGCAAAAAGUUCAAAUUCGGAAUGCCAGAUGUGCACUUCUCAGGACCCAAGAUACACAAACCAGACAUUAACUUUGACAUGAAAGCUCCAAAACUGAAAGGAAAAGGUGAUUCCCUACCUAAACUUGAAGGUGAAUUUAAAGGGCCAGAUGUGGAUGUAAGUGUUGAAGGUCCAGAUGUGGAAGGCCCCGAUGGAAAGUUGAAAAUGCCCAAAUUCAAAAUGCCUAAGUUUGGAAUCUCCGGCCCAAAACUAACCGGUUCCGACAUAGACUUGAAUGCCACUGUGCCGAAGGCAGAUAUUGAUGUUUCUCUAACUGAUGCCCAGUUAGAUGUCAGCGCUCCUGAAGUGAAGGUCGAUCUUGAUGCACCCGAUCUUAAUGUUUCUGGUCCUGAUUUACAUGGGAAAGGCUUCAAACUAAAAAUGCCAGAUUUUCAUAUCUCUGGACCCAAAAUGCAUGCACCCGAUGUCAGCCUCGACUUCAAAGCUCCCCACUUCAAAACUAAAGGAGGCAUUGCAACGCCCAAACUAGAAGGUGACAUUCAAGGUCCGGACCUUGAUGUAGAUGUUUCUUUGCCAAAAGGAGACAUUGGAAUACCCACUUCUGAAUUUGAUGCCGAGGUUAAGGUUCCAGAAGUAGAUUUGAAUCUGACAGGGCCCGAUGUAGAUCUGGAAGGGCCUGAUAUCAAAGGCAAAAAGUUCAAAUUCGGAAUGCCAGAUGUGCACUUCUCAGGACCCAAGAUACACAAACCAGACAUUAACUUUGACAUAAAAGCUCCAAAACUGAAAGGAAAAGGUGACUCCCUACUUAAACUUGAAGGUGAAUUUAAAGGGCCAGAUGUGGAUGUAAGUGUUGAAGGUCCAGAUGUGGAAGGUCCCGAUGGAAAGUUGAAAAUGCCCAAAUUCAAAAUGCCCAAGUUUGGAAUCUCCGGCCCAAAACUAACCGGUUCCGACAUAGACUUGAAUGCCCCUGUGCCAAAGGCAGAUAUUGAUGUUUCUCUACCUGAUGCCCAGUUAGAUGUCAGUGCUCCUGAAGUGAAGGUCGAUCUUGAUGCACCCGAUCUAAAUGUUUCUGGUCCUGAUGCACAUGGGAAAGGCUUCAAACUAAAAAUGCCAGAUUUUCAUAUCUCUGGACCCAAAAUGCAUGCACCCGAUGUCAGCCUCGACUUCAAAGCUCCCCACUUCAAAACUAAAGGAGGCAUUGCAACGCCCAAACUAGAAGGUGACAUUCAAGGUCCGGACCUUGAUGUAGAUGUUUCUUUGCCAAAAGGAGACAUUGGAAUACCCACUUCUGAAUUUGAUGCCGAGGUUAAGGUUCCAGAAGUAGAUUUGAAUCUGACAGGGCCCGAUGUAGAUCUGGAAGGGCCUGAUAUCAAAGGCAAAAAGUUCAAAUUCGGAAUGCCAGAUGUGCACUUCUCAGGACCCAAGAUACACAAACCAGACAUUAACUUUGACAUAAAAGCUCCAAAACUGAAAGGAAAAGGUGACUCCCUACUUAAACUUGAAGGUGAAUUUAAAGGGCCAGAUGUGGAUGUAAGUGUUGAAGGUCCAGAUGUGGAAGGUCCCGAUGGAAAGUUGAAAAUGCCCAAAUUCAAAAUGCCCAAGUUUGGAAUCUCCGGCCCAAAACUAACCGGUUCCGACAUAGACUUGAAUGCCCCUGUGCCAAAGGCAGAUAUUGAUGUUUCUCUACCUGAUGCCCAGUUAGAUGUCAGUGCUCCUGAAGUGAAGGUCGAUCUUGAUGCACCCGAUCUAAAUGUUUCUGGUCCUGAUGCACAUGGGAAAGGCUUCAAACUAAAAAUGCCAGAUUUUCAUAUCUCUGGAACCAAAAUGCAUGCACCCGAUGUCAGCCUUGACUUCAAAGCUCCCCACUUCAAAACUAAAGGAGGAAUUUCAACACCCAAACUAGAAGGUGACAUUCAAGGUCCGGACCUUGAUUUGGAUGUUUCUUUGCCAAAAGGAGACAUUGGAGUACCCACUUCUGAAUUUGAUGCCAAGGUUAAGGUUCCAGAAGUAGAUUUGAAUCUGACAGGGCCCGAUGUAGAUCUGGAAGGGCCUGAUAUCAAAGGCAAAAAGUUCAAAUUUGGAAUGCCAGAUGUGCACUUCUCAGGACCCAAGAUACACAAACCAGACAUUAACUUUGACAUAAAAGCUCCAAAACUGAAAGGAAAAGGUGACUCCCUACCUAAACUUGAAGGUGAAUUUAAAGGGCCAGAUGUGGAUGUAAGUGUUGAAGGUCCAGAUGUGGAAGGCCCCGAUGGAAAGUUGAAAAUGCCCAAAUUCAAAAUGCCCAAGUUUGGAAUCUCCGGCCCAAAACUAACCGGUUCCGACAUAGACUUGAAUGCCACUGUGCCGAAGGCAGAUAUUGAUGUUUCUCUACCUGAUGCCCAGUUAGAUGUCAGUGCUCCUGAAGUGAAGGUUGAUUUUGAUGCACCCGAUCUUAAUGUUUCUGGUCCUGAUGCACAUGGGAAAGGCUUCAAACUAAAAAUGCCAGAUUUUCAUAUCUCUGGACCCAAAAUGCAUGCACCCGAUGUCAGCCUUGACUUCAAAGCUCCCCACUUCAAAACUAAAGGGGGCAUUUCAACGCCCAAACUAGAAGGUGACAUUCAAGGUCCGGACCUUGAUUUGGAUGUUUCUUUGCCAAAAGGAGAAUUUGGAGUACCCACUUCUGAAUUUGAUGCCAAGGUUAAGGUUCCUGAAGUAGAUUUGAAUCUGACAGGGCCCGAUGUAGAUCUGGAAGGGCCUGAUAUCAAAGGCAAAAAGUUCAAAUUCGGAAUGCCAGAUGUGCACUUCUCAGGACCCAAGAUACACAAACCAGACAUUAACUUUGACAUAAAAGCUCCAAAACUGAAAGGAAAAGGUGACUCCCUACCUAAACUUGAAGGUGAAUUUAAAGGGCCAGAUGUGGAUGUAAGUGUUGAAGGUCCAGAUGUGGAAGGCCCCGAUGGAAAGUUGAAAAUGCCCAAAUUCAAAAUGCCCAAGUUUGGAAUCUCCGGCCCAAAACUAACCGGUUCCGACAUAGACUUGAAUGCCACUGUGCCGAAGGCAGAUAUUGAUGUUUCUCUACCUGAUGCCCAGUUAGAUGUCAGUGCUCCUGAAGUGAAGGUCGAUCUUGAUGCACCCGAUCUUAAUGUUUCUGGUCCUGAUGCACAUGGGAAAGGCUUCAAACUAAAAAUGCCAGAUUUUCAUAUCUCUGGACCCAAAAUGCAUGCACCCGAUGUCAGCCUUGACUUCAAAGCUCCCCACUUCAAAACGAAAGGGGGCAUUUCAACGCCCAAACUAGAAGGUGACAUUCAAGGUCCGGACCUUGAUUUGGAUGUUUCUUUGCCAAAAGGAGAAUUUGGAGUACCCACUUCUGAAUUUGAUGCCAAGGUAAAGGUUCCCGAAGUAGAUUUGAAUCUGACAGGGCCCGAUGUAGAUCUGGAAGGGCCUGAUAUCAAAGGCAAAAAGUUCAAAUUCGGAAUGCCAGAUGUGCACUUCUCAGGACCCAAGAUACACAAACCAGACAUUAACUUUGACAUAAAAGCUCCAAAACUGAAAGGAAAAGGUGACUCCCUACCUAAACUUGAAGGUGAAUUUAAAGGGCCAGAUGUGGAUGUAAGUGUUGAAGGUCCAGAUGUGGAAGGCCCCGAUGGAAAGUUGAAAAUGCCCAAAUUCAAAAUGCCCAAGUUUGGAAUCUCCGGCCCAAAACUAACCGGUUCCGACAUAGACUUGAAUGCCACUGUGCCGAAGGCAGAUAUUGAUGUUUCUCUACCUAAUGCCCAGUUAGAUGUCAGUGCUCCUGAAGUGAAGGUCGAUCUUGAUGCACCCGAUCUUAAUGUUUCUGGUCCUGAUGCACAUGGGAAAGGCUUCAAACUAAAAAUGCCAGAUUUUCAUAUCUCUGGACCCAAAAUGCAUGCACCCGAUGUCAGCCUUGACUUCAAAGCUCCCCACUUCAAAACUAAAGGGGGCAUUUCAACGCCCAAACUAGAAGGUGACAUUCAAGGUCCGGACCUUGAUUUGGAUGUUUCUUUGCCAAAAGGAGAAUUUGGAGUACCCACUUCUGAAUUUGAUGCCAAGGUUAAGGUUCCUGAAGUAGAUUUGAAUCUGACAGGGCCCGAUGUAGAUCUGGAAGGGCCUGAUAUCAAAGGCAAAAAGUUCAAAUUCGGAAUGCCAGAUGUGCACUUCUCAGGACCCAAGAUACACAAACCAGACAUUAACUUUGACAUAAAAGCUCCAAAACUGAAAGGAAAAGGUGACUCCCUACCUAAACUUGAAGGUGAAUUUAAAGGGCCAGAUGUGGAUGUAAGUGUUGAAGGUCCAGAUGUGGAAGGCCCCGAUGGAAAGUUGAAAAUGCCCAAAUUCAAAAUGCCCAAGUUUGGAAUCUCCGGCCCAAAACUAACCGGUUCCGACAUAGACUUGAAUGCCACUGUGCCGAAGGCAGAUAUUGAUGUUUCUCUACCUGAUGCCCAGUUAGAUGUCAGUGCUCCUGAAGUGAAGGUCGAUAUUGAUGCACCCGAUCUUAAUGUUUCUGGUCCUGAUGCACAUGGGAAAGGCUUCAAACUAAAAAUGCCAGAUUUUCAUAUCUCUGGACCCAAAAUGCAUGCACCCGAUGUCAGCCUUGACUUCAAAGCUCCCCACUUCAAAACGAAAGGGGGCAUUUCAACGCCCAAACUAGAAGGUGACAUUCAAGGUCCGGACCUUGAUUUGGAUGUUUCUUUGCCAAAAGGAGAAUUUGGAGUACCCACUUCUGAAUUUGAUGCCAAGGUAAAGGUUCCCGAAGUAGAUUUGAAUCUGACAGGGCCCGAUGUAGAUCUGGAAGGGCCUGAUAUCAAAGGCAAAAAGUUCAAAUUCGGAAUGCCAGAUGUGCACUUCUCAGGACCCAAGAUACACAAACCAGACAUUAACUUUGACAUAAAAGCUCCAAAACUGAAAGGAAAAGGUGACUCCCUACCUAAACUUGAAGGUGAAUUUAAAGGGCCAGAUGUGGAUGUAAGUGUUGAAGGUCCAGAUGUGGAAGGCCCCGAUGGAAAGUUGAAAAUGCCCAAAUUCAAAAUGCCCAAGUUUGGAAUCUCCGGCCCAAAACUAACCGGUUCCGACAUAGACUUGAAUGCCACUGUGCCGAAGGCAGAUAUUGAUGUUUCUCUACCUGAUGCCCAGUUAGAUGUCAGCGCUCCUGAAGUGAAGGUCGAUAUUGAUGCACCCGAUCUUAAUGUUUCUGGUCCUGAUGCACAUGGGAAAGGCUUCAAACUAAAAAUGCCAGAUUUUCAUAUCUCUGGACCCAAAAUGCAUGCACCCGAUGUCAGCCUUGACUUCAAAGCUCCCCACUUCAAAACUAAAGGGGGCAUUUCAACGCCCAAACUAGAAGGUGACAUUCAAGGUCCGGACCUUGAUUUGGAUGUUUCUUUGCCAAAAGGAGACAUUGGAGUACCCACUUCUGAAUUUGAUGCCAAGGAUAAGGUUCCCGAAGUAGAUUUGAAUCUGACAGGGCCCGAUGUAGAUCUGGAAGGGCCUGAUAUCAAAGGCAAAAAGUUCAAAUUCGGAAUGCCAGAUGUGCACUUCUCAGGACCCAAGAUACACAAACCAGACAUUAACUUUGACAUAAAAGCUCCAAAACUGAAAGGAAAAGGUGACUCCCUACCUAAACUUGAAGGUGAAUUUAAAGGGCCAGAUGUGGAUGUAAGUGUUGAAGGUCCGGAUGUGGAAGGUCCCGAUGGAAAGUUGAAAAUGCCCAAAUUCAAAAUGCCCAAGUUUGGAAUCUCCGGCCCAAAACUAACCGGUUCCGACAUAGACUUGAAUGCCACUGUGCCGAAGGCAGAUAUUGAUGUUUCUCUACCUGAUGCCCAGUUAGAUGUCAGUGCUCCUGAAGUGAAGGUCGAUCUUGAUGCACCCGAUCUUAAUGUUUCUGGUCCUGAUGCACAUGGGAAAGGCUUCAAACUAAAAAUGCCAGAUUUUCAUAUCUCUGGACCCAAAAUGCAUGCACCCGAUGUCAGCCUUGACUUCAAAGCUCCCCACUUCAAAACUAAAGGGGGCAUUUCAACGCCCAAACUAGAAGGUGACAUUCAAGGUCCAGACCUUGAUUUGGAUGUUUCUUUGCCAAAAGGAGACAUUGGAAUACCCACUUCUGAAUUUGAUGCCAAGGUUAAGGUUCCCGAAGUAGAUUUGAAUCUGACAGGGCCCGAUGUAGAUCUGGAAGGGCCUGAUAUCAAAGGCAAAAAGUUCAAAUUCGGAAUGCCAGAUGUGCACUUCUCAGGACCCAAGAUACACAAACCAGACAUUAACUUUGAUAUAAAAGCUCCAAAACUGAAAGGAAAAGGUGAUUCCCUACCUAAACUUGAAGGUGAAUUUAAAGGGCCAGAUGUGGAUGUAAGUGUUGAAGGUCCAGAUGUGGAAGGUCCCGAUGGAAAGUUGAAAAUGCCCAAAUUCAAAAUGCCCAAGUUUGGAAUCUCCGGCCCAAAACUAACCGGUUCCGACAUAGACUUGAAUGCCACUGUGCCGAAGGCAGAUAUUGAUGUUUCUCUACCUGAUGCCCAGUUAGAUGUCAGUGCUCCUGAAGUGAAGGUCGAUCUUGAUGCACCCGAUCUUAAUGUUUCUGGUCCUGAUGCACAUGGGAAAGGCUUCAAACUAAAAAUGCCAGAUUUUCAUAUCUCUGGACCCAAAAUGCAUGCACCCGAUGUCAGCCUUGACUUCAAAGCUCCCCACUUCAAAACUAAAGGGGGCAUUUCAACGCCCAAACUAGAAGGUGACAUUCAAGGUCCAGACCUUGAUUUGGAUGUUUCUUUGCCAAAAGGAGACAUUGGAAUACCCACUUCUGAAUUUGAUGCCAAGGUUAAGGUUCCCGAAGUAGAUUUGAAUCUGACAGGGCCCGAUGUAGAUCUGGAAGGGCCUGAUAUCAAAGGCAAAAAGUUCAAAUUCGGAAUGCCAGAUGUGCACUUCUCAGGACCCAAGAUACACAAACCAGAUAUUAACUUUGACAUAAAAGCUCCAAAACUGAAAGGAAAAGGUGACUCCCUACCUAAACUUGAAGGUGAAUUUAAAGGGCCAGAUGUGGAUGUAAGUGUUGAAGGUCCAGAUGUGGAAGGCCCCGAUGGAAAGUUGAAAAUGCCCAAAUUCAAAAUGCCCAAGUUUGGGAUCUCCGGCCCAAAACUAACCGGUUCCGACAUAGACUUGAAUGCCACUGUGCCGAAGGCAGAUAUUGAUGUUUCUCUACCUGAUGCCCAGUUAGAUGUCAGCGCUCCUGAAGUGAAGGUCGAUCUUGAUGCACCCGAUCUUAAUGUUUCUGGUCCUGAUGCACAUGGGAAAGGCUUCAAACUAAAAAUGCCAGAUUUUCAUAUCUCUGGACCCAAAAUGCAUGCACCCGAUGUCAGCCUUGACUUCAAAGCUCCCCACUUCAAAACUAAAGGGGGCAUUUCAACGCCCAAACUAGAAGGUGACAUUCAAGGUCCAGGACCUUGAUUUGGAUGUUUCUUUGCCAAAAGGAGACAUUGGAAUACCCACUUCUGAAUUUGAUGCCAAGGUUAAGGUUCCCGAAGUAGAUUUGAAUCUGACAGGGCCCGAUGUAGAUCUGGAAGGGCCUGAUAU